AUGAUGAUUAUAGAAUUAAGUGACAGAGAUUUCUGUGGUGCUAGAUAUGGUAAAACGUAUCAUCAUUUGAUACUGACUUAUAUCUUAGCUUCCAGAUGGGAUGAAGGAGUUCUGUUAUUAUUAUUAGCAUUUUACCUGAAAGUUGUCUUUUUCCCUUCUUUUUUUUUUUUCUUUCUUCUUUAUUUUUUCUUCAGGGAUGCCCUUGGGGUUUACCAGCUGGCUUCUCUCUUGAUGGAACUGGACCCUUCUGAUGAAGCAUCACGGAUCCUUUGUGCCGAUGCUCUGUACCAGAUGGGCUGGGUAGAAGAAGCUCACAAGCUGCUCUCAUUAGCACUCUCCAGAAAUCCACAAAGAUCUCCCAUCCUGGCUAGACUCGCACUUCUGCAAUUAAAGAAAGGUUUCAUGUAUGAUGGCAAUCAGCUGCUAAAGAAAGUGAUCAAAAUUGGGGAUACCUCCUGCCUCCUGCCAAUCAUGGACAUUUUCAAGGAUGAAGACAGGAAGCUGAUGCAAACUCACUGCCGUUCCAGGGCACUGAGCAUCCUGAAGAACAAACGGGAAGAUGCUGACAUAAAAGAGGCCAUUGCCUAUCUUUCUUUUGCCAUCAUUGCUUCGGGUGGCUAUGCUGAAGAUUGCCUCCUCAUCAGGGCUCAAUGCUACGGGCACCUCGGUCAGAAGAAAACUGCUAUUUUUGAUUUUAAUGCUGUCUUAAAGGAGGACCCUGGCAAUGUACAUGCUCUCAGUGGGCGAGGAUUAAUUUACCUUGCUCUAAAGCAGCAAAAGGUAUCACUAUUAAUUUGCUGGUGAAUUUUCUGAUAGUGUAACAUUAGCAUAAGAUACCCAGUCUUUGCCACGGACUCACAGAAAGGAAGAGUUUCUCAAAGAAUUUGCCCAGUGAUGGCUCUGCUUUUGGCUGUUUGUGUAAACAGUGCACUUGACAUAACUGAGUUGCUUUUCCAAAUCUAGAGAGAAGGAGACUAAACCUCAGUCAUACCGUAUUCACCAUCACUACAAUACGUUGUUCUGCAAUGCUGCAAAUGCUCCCCUGUAUCUGAGCUCACAUUUUCGUGUCACAGUUUUGUGCCAGAUGAAAUGUAGCAUCUCGAGCUGAUGUGACUGGGUUGAACUCUUCACUCUGGAUUUUAGGUUGGCAGCCGUUCUGUAAAGCGUGAGAUGGUUUAUAACCAAGAAAGGCUUAUCACAGUCAAAUGCGAACCAAUGGGCAAAAUUCAUCUUUGUGUAAAAUGCUCUGAACAGUAUAUUUACAUUGCUCAUGGCUGCAAGGAAAGUCUGAGACAGUGUUAUCACUGUGUAAAACAAUGAAUUUUCAUUGCUGCUUGGAACUGUCUGACUGCAAAAACAGCUGCUGUCUGGACUUCAGCACAAUCAUCAAUCUUCAUUCCCCAAACACAAGCUAGAUGGAAAGUCUGGAGGAUGCAACGAUGCCAGAUCUGAUUCUCAUUGCCAGAGUGGAACAAUUAACAAUUCUGUUCUUAGAACUUUUGCACCUCCUAUCAUUUAUGUAUCUGUAUUCACCUAAGGACAGAGGGAAGUAGAGGGAGAGAA